ACUUUCACCCCUGUAUAUAUAUAUGUAUAAACUGCAUAUAAGGUAUUGCACUGACAGCCAGUUUCUUUUCAUUUCUGUUAUUAUGAGUCUUUGGUUUCUUACAAUGUAAUAAAAUAACAUUCGUUUUGAAAGGUUCCUCACCUAAAGUAACCCCUGUACAGAAAUCUACAUUUAAUUACACUCAAAAACAUGAAAAUAGUUAGACACACGUUUCUGUGUUUCAGAGAAGGUACACUUAGAUUUUAUGUUAAAACGGCCUGCCAUAACCUUGCCAUAUCGUUACGUCGGAGCGUCAGCUGUUGCCUAACAACGCAACCGCCAAUCACAGAAGAGAUUCCCUCAGCGUGGCGCGAAGCCCCGCCUCUUUGUGGUCAGCUGACCAAAGUGAGGCGAAGCAGCUUCCUGUGGCGAGUGGCUGCGGCUCCGCGGGGUUAAAGGUGGAAAACAGCUUUUAUUGUGAUGUCAGGCGGUGAAGCUGCGCUUCAUUAACGUCUCCUGACGGAAAUCAAUAGGGUUUAUUAAAAAAUGAGAGGAGCCGCCAUGUUUCCUGCUCUCUGAGGGAACUAGCUUCAGAGCUAAAGUCAGAGACGAGCGGAGAUGAUCAGAGUUUGCUAACAUCGAGGCGAUGGAAGAAGAUGUUCCACCUGAGCUGCCGCUGGAGGUUCUGGUUUACGUCCUGACUUUCCUCCACGCCGCAGACAGGAAGGAGGCGUCGCUGGUGUGCCGCAGCUGGUACGCCGCCAGCCAGGACCUGCGCUUCCAGAAGGACGUGACCUUCAGCUUCCCGGCCUCGACGGCGGCGCUGGCUCUGGUGGGCCGCCUGGCCCGGCGGCGGUGCUGCAGCCUGAGGAUCAGCCAGCUGGACGGCUUCAGCGUCUCCAGGUUGCUGCUGCUGCAGGUGGGCGAGGGUCUCGGCCCGCGGCUGGAGGGCCUGGCGCUGCCCGGCAGCAGCAUCACGGAGGCCUCGCUGCUGGCGCUGCUGCCGCGCCUCACCGCGCUGCGCCGCCUCGACCUGCGCGGCCUGGACAGCCUCUUCAUGUCUGGAGCCUUCCUGUCCAGGGAGGAGCACCGGCGGCAGGUCCGCUCGGCUCUGAGCGGCCUGGAGGAGCUGGACCUGUCCGACCUGCGCUACCUGUCCGACCUCACCUUCACCCGGCUGACCGGCUGCACGCCGCGCCUGCGCCGCCUGGCGCUGGCCGGCUGCCACAUCGCCUUCGAGUUCGACCCGUACGGCGGCCGGCCGACCGGCGCCGGGGAGGAUUCGUCCGCCCUGCUGUCGCUGCGCAACCUGCGGCGCCUGCUGGUGGAGCAGCGCGCCACGCUGCGGGGGCUGGACCUCAGCAGGACCGCCAUCACACCCGAGUCUCUGCGCGUCAUCGCCCAGGUGGACGGUUUGGUUCUGGAGGAGCUGCGGCUGCAGGGCUGCAGGGAGCUGACGGACCGCUCCGUGGAGGUUCUGCUGCAGCAGCAGCGCAGCCUGCACCGGCUGGACGUCAGCGGCUGCACGGAGCUCAGCAGCCGCUCGGUGCAGGCGGCGGCGCGCGGCCUGCAGGCGCUGACGGACCUGUCCCUGUCCCGGGACUGGAGGAUCACUGAGAGAGGUCAGCCAAGGAACGCCUGGUUCGGUUCUGAUCAGGUGGUCCGCUUCCUGGAGCUGCAGCGUCUGUCGCUGUGCAUGCUGCCGGAGCUCAGCGACGCCGGCCUGGCGGCGGUCGGCCGCAGCUGCCGCAGCCUCACCAGCCUGGAGCUCAGCCACUGCCCCGGCAUCAGCGACAGCGGCGUGGCGCAGGCUGCGCCCUUCCUGCAGCGCCUGCAGCACCUGCAGCUUGCCUGCUGCAGCAACAUCACCGACAGGACGUUGCACCUGCUCAUGCAGCACUGCAGACGCCUGAAGACGCUCGACGUGUCCAGAUGUAAAAACAUCUCCAUGACGACGGUGGACCUCCUCCAAUCACAGCUGCCGUUUCUGGAAAACGUCCAUCACAAGCUGAUUUGUGCGGCAGACCCGACGCUGACCGACUGAAGCUGGAACUGAAGCUUUCAGACGCACCGAGUUUUUAUUGCUUAUUUAAAACCAGAGAAGGAAUGAUGUGAAGAUUUAUUUAAAGUGAUUUCUGAAUGCAGCAGGAUCUGUUUAGAAUAAUAACUUUAAGUUGAUGAAUUAUUUUCUGAUUCCGUUAAUGAGUCUGUUUCAGCGUUUGUUGACCUUUGACCCAGCUGGCCAGCCGGUUCUGGCCGUGACGGCUCAGGAUCCCGAUGCUCCUCCUGGAUCAGAACAUUCCAGCCGCUCUGCAGCGCUUCCUCCACUUCCUGUUCCGACUCGGUACUUCCUGUCAGCUCAGGAAAAACCCGGGAACUCAGUUGGUCACGAGUCGCUGGAGAAGGAAACGUUCUGGUUCUGAUCCGUCUGCAGGAAUCAGCUGGAACAUGAUUUCAGUUUCAUUGAUAAACUUUUGGUGAAAUGAAGAAAAUCCAGUGAAACUUUUAUUUUUACUGGAUUUGAUAAAAAUUCCUUUGAUGCUUUUUCUACUUUGCUGUUUUUCUCCUGCUUUACCAACAUCCAGACUAAAAGAUGAAAAAUAAAUGUUUCUAAUUCAAA